AACUGCACUAAAAUGGCUCCAUCAUUUCCUGCAACUUUUGUCAACGGUUUCCAUAGUGAAAAACACGUGAAAAGUAUGGAGUACAGUCCAUUCGGAUGUACCGGAAUGAUGGUUUCAAAAGUAUCCCUCGGUUGUGCGACAUUGAGCCAUCUGUUCGGCGACCUAGACGUGGAGGAUGCAAUCAAAGCAGUCGAGAUGGCGGUCCGACAAGGAAUAAACUAUAUCGACACUGCUCCAUAUUACGGCCAAGGGCGUUCAGAGGAAGUUCUUGGUCUUGCCUUUAAGAACAUUCCACGCCAGGCAUUCUAUGUGGCGACCAAAGUGGGUCGUUAUGAGCGGAACUUCGAGGGAAUGUUCGACUAUAGUGCACAAAAAACGCGAGAAAGCGUUGAAAAAAGUCUUCAACUUCUUGGCGUCGACUGUAUCGAUGUCGUUCAAAUACACGACGUGGAGUUCUCUCCCAGUCUGGAGCUUGUGCUGCAAGAAACGUUGCCCACACUGGAAGAGCUACGGAGUGAAGGGAAGCUCAAAUUUAUAGGAGUGUCGGAUUAUUCAAUGGAUUUUCUGAAGAAAGUGAUCACAAGUGCUCCCGGUCGGUUCGAUUCUGUUCUCUGUUACAGCCGCAACACACUGAUCGAUAACUCCUUGAAGAACUACUUGCCGUUCUUUUUGCAAAAUAAGCUAGCCGUUAUCUGUGCGGCCGGACAUGCGUUGGGAUUGCUCACGAACGCGGGUCCUCAGCCCUGGCAUCCGGCUAACGAACAGAUGAAAACGGUAUGCCGGGAAGCGUCGGAAUACUGCGCACAGCGAGGGAUUGAGCUAGGAAAAUUGGCAAUGUUCCACUUCGUUCAGCUGGCUGGUCCGGUGACGUUCCUCGCUGGCAUGCAAACGCAGAAGCUAGUGGAGAUCAAUUUGAAAGCCUACCGCGAAGGACUUUCCGUGGAAGAGUCUGAAGCUUUGACGCAUUUAAUGAAAAGUGUUUUCCCAAAAAUUCAGCACAAAAACUGGGAUGGAAUCGAACUAGAACGAUACAGGGCUGCCAUGAAAGCAUUGACCAACAAGUGAUCAUAUAAACGAUAAACGC